CUCCCCCCUUUUGUAAUGUGCAGAAGUCAUUAAUUUUAGCUCUAGAUGUGUAGAACCAAUGGACAGAGAAGCAAGCUUUCUACGUUGCUCAAAGUUGAGCUGCUAUGCUGAGUUCAACAGGAUGGUGCAAGUAGUAGCCAAGGUAGGGAGCCUCGGUGGUGGUGGACACAAGGAGCUCCAGAGUGCUAAUAGAGGGACAGGGACUAGUGCAGAGUAUCACUUCUACUACACUUUGUCUGCCAUGCUCAGGGAGAUUGUACGCAAUACUGAUCCCAUUGAGCAAAAGAAGGACCUACAGAAAGUGUACAGUUGGUACAGCCUCAACAAGCCGAUACUAAAAGCCAAGACUAAAAGAGGUCAAACCAAGCCCCUACUCUCACUGAAAACAACUGAGCAAGGGGACAACGGAUCACAAGAAUUAAGUCGCCCGCAAACAGCACCUGCCUCACUUUGCCACGGCAUGACACCACUGAAAACUGGACCUGCAUUUACAAGUUCCUACAUCCGCCGGUCAAUGAUGGGUGAAAUUCAAUCUAUCAGUCCCGGACAGACUUUUGAUGAGCUACAAACUACACACGUUCAAUUGCAACCGCCCAAAACUGUUUCGAAAAGGCCCAAGAGCUCAGGUUCACUCCAGAAAAGAGCACCACAACACCCAAGAUUUUCCAAAGGGUCUGAGAUAACGACCCUCUCAGUUGUAGAGUUCCCUUCUGAAGAUACCUUCAGCGGGAAUCAUCAUCACAGAAGACCAGCCACUGUACCAGCUGCCAUUAGCUGUGAGCAACUCUUCAAUUUCACCUCAGGAGUGGCAGCUAACAUGGUGUUAGACAAGGAAAUGAGGUUGAUGAGGGAGAAGUUCAUAAGGAGGAGGACUGUAUCGGCACAACCAGCUGCUCGUUCAUCUUCACGGCUACUUGUAAGCUCUCCGAUUGAAAGGCCACAAACCACAAAAGAAGGACAAGUACGACAUUACAAUGAAGCUGAGAGACAAGUCAGAGGAACUCAACAAGAAGCAGUAUCUAUUACAACCACAAAGACGGAUGAAGCUACUUCACCAACAAAGCAAAGUAAAUUUCUUCUUCUAAAAGGCAAGUCUAUGAAUAUCUCUGAAUCUGACAAGCCUGUGGCUAUGGAGACUAUACCAGAAGAGCGUUUAUCGGCUGCUUCAUUGUCUAAACCUACAAAUGUUGCUCCUGGAAAAGUGGCACUAAAUAAUCAUCCAAAACAAGUUAACAAUUCUCCACAACACUCGUCUACCACAACUACUGAACAAAAUUCUGGCAACCAUGUUAAUAAAGCUAGAGAGGACCAAGAACCUGAUCAGACACCACUGUCUGCAAAGGUUACAUUGAGGAACCAUCUCUCACAGUCAGAACAAGGGAAAGGCAACCAGUCAACUGUUGGGCAGAAAGGCAAACGAGUGGUUGCUGAUCUGAAGAUCACAACAUUGGCAUUUCUCAAGGAAGAGCAGAUAAUACCAAGAGCACAGGGCAGGAAGUCACAGGGACAACUGCACAAGCACAGGCCAAGACCACAUACUGUUCACAGUCAAACAAAACACAGAACUGAUUUAUCAAAUUUAACAUCAGUGGCACAAUAAACUUAAGACAUUUACAUGUAUAAUGUGCUUUUGUAGAUGUAUAUACAAUAAAGUUGAAAUAAAUGUUGUGGUCAAAAAUUG